AUGGCUCCUACACUUGUACGUGCAUUCUCUCAUUUCUUCACUCUUGCAGCUUCACUUUCAAUGCUCCAUGUUGUUCCUUCCUCUUGUUUCAACCCUAGAAAGAUUGUUAAUGCUUCAUUGGCUUCAUAUGGUUCAGAUUGGUCAUCUGCUGUGGCAACUUGGUAUGGACCUGCUCAAGGGGAUGGUAGUGAAGGUGGUGCUUGUGGUUAUGGAAGCUCUGUUGGUGAACCUCCAUUCUCAUCACUGAUAUCUGCUGGAAGCCCUCUUUUGUAUGAAUCAGGCAAAGGCUGUGGUUCUUGUUAUGAGGUGAAGUGCACAGGAAAUUACGCAUGCUCAGGGAACCCUGUGAGGGUAGUAAUCACUGAUGAAUGUCCAGGUUGUGGCUCAGAUUCCCAAUACCAUUUUGAUUUGAGUGGCUCUGCUUUUGGUGCCAUGGCAGUUUCAGGCCAAGACCAGAAGCUACGCAAUGCUGGGAAAAUAAACAUUCAAUAUAGAAGGUGGAGACGAGUUUCCUUUUGCAGAGUUGAAUGCAACUAUGGUGGUGUGUCGAUAGCUUUUCGCGUCGACACUGGAUCCAACCAAGAAUACUUUGCAAUGGUGAUUGAAUUUGAGGGUGGUGAUGGUGAUCUUGAGAAAGUUGAACUGAAGGAAGCUCUUGAUUCAGCGCCAUGGUACACCAUGCAGCGAUCAUGGGGUGCAGUUUGGAAACUUGACAAAGGGUCUCCACUCAAUCCACCAUUCUCCAUCAGACUAACCACUGUUAAAUCUGUGAACACUGUCGUGGCUAGCAAUGUCAUCCCUAAGGACUGGACCCUUGGUCAAACAUACAGAUCAAUUCGGUUCAUGUACCUCUUUUGCUCCUAUAAAUACUCAUGGCAACCUAGGGAAGUAACAACUCCCAGUGAUUCUAUUGUUAAUGCUUCAAUUGAUUCACACUCCUCAGAUAGUGUAUACUGGUCAUCUGCUUUUGCCACGUGGUAUGGACCUGAUCAUGGGGAUGGAAGUGAAGCUGGUGCUUGUGGUUAUGGCAGCACUGUUGGGGUACCUCCAUUGUCAUCAAUGAUAACUGCAGGAAGCUAUCUUUUGUUUCAAUCAGGCAAAGGCUGUGGUUCUUGUUAUGAGGUGAAGUGCACAGGGAAUAAAGCAUGCUCCGGCAAACCAGUGAGGGUAGUGAUGACUGAUUUGUGUCCUGAAUGUGGCUCAGGGGCACAUUUUGAUAUGAGUGGCACUUCUUUUAGUGCAAUGGCAGCUCCAGGUCAAGAUAAUCAGCUACGCAUAGCAGGCCAAGUAGCCAUUCAAUAUAGAAGGUAUAUGUCAGUAGCUUUUCACGUGGAUUCUGGAUCGAACCAAUUAUAUUUUGCAGUGAUGGUUGAAUACGAGGAUGGGGAUGGUGAGAUUGACAAGGUUGAAGUGAAGGAAGCAUGUUCAAAGCACCAUUCUAGAUCUCCAUCUUGGGGUGCAGUGUGGAAACUUAGCAAAGGGUCACGAUUCAAAGCACGUGUUCAAAUUUCCGCUAACCAACUUUAA